AUGAAGGAAUAUUGUUCUGUGAUUAAAACCAAAUUAGGUGCACUCUGGAUUUUAAUGGGUGCUAAAAUGGACUGUUGUGAUUCCACUAAUGAAGGAAGGAGUUUUAUGUGGAAACGAAAACAAGUCGUGAGUUGGAUUACCACACUGAAUAAAGAUUUGAGAGGGAAAAGUUACUCAAGUUUUGGUGAUGAUUCUGGUAGGCUUGUAGGUACAAAGAGAUUAAGAACCAAAGAUAUAACUCAUAGGGUAAAAAUGAAAAAUUAUUGGCAGGGAGGGGUAUGCUUAACAAUUGCUGAUGAUGUUUUAUGUUGGCUUUAUGGCACAGUUAAAGAGAGUAAGAUUUUUCAUUUUUGUAUUUUCUACCAAGGGAUGAAGACUACAUACAUAUUGCAAUUUGUUGCACCGUUUACUCGUUUUAAGCUUCUACAGGCACAAUCUUGCCCACAAGAAAUAACUGAUCAUGUUCAACAACUACGAAACACUCAUUCUUGA